AUGGAGUUCUUUACCAGACUUGACGGAAGAUUAGGUGAUCUGAUUUUGGGCACCCAUUUUUACAUUUCAACAGUGUUAGGAGAUCUCAAGUUGCUUGAGAAUCAACUUCCGUAUUUCAUUUUUGAUAAAUUGUUCCAUUGCCAUAUGGAGGCUCUUUGUAUUGAAGAGACGCUCGACCAAUUCAUCCUGAAAUCCUUUUCCCUGGAUUUGAAGAACAAAACAAAUACAAAGUUCAAGCAUUUCACCGAUAUGUUUCGGUGUGUGUAUGAAGAAUCGCUUGACCGAACUUGGAAGCUGAACGGCUUGAGAGGGCUAGCUAUCGUGGAGAUGCACAACGCGGAAAACCUAUCCCGUGUAGGAGUGGAAGUCAAGGUAAAGUGA